AUGGGUGCCCCGGGCCCUCGGAGCGCGCGCCCCUGCCUGCUCGCCGGCGGGUGCUCAGCCCCCGCGCCGAGCGCGGGGCGCGGCGCCGCACUCCGGGGACUGCUGCUCCUGGCGCAGGUGGCCCAGCAGCUGGUACCUGCGUGCGCCCUGGCAGCCACAGCGGCGGCGGCGUCCCGGAGCCCUAGCGUCCCCCUGCGUCGUCCCCACAGCGCCCAGCGCCCAGACUGGCUGCUGGACACAGAGUCCGACCUUGUCUCUGUGUAUGAGGUGGACCCCGAGGGGCAUUACGUGUCCCAUGAAAUCAUGCACCAUCAGCGGAGGAGAAGAGCGGCGGCGCCCUUGUCAGAAGUGGAUUCCCUGCACCUACGACUGAGAGGAUUCGGGCAGGACUUUCACAUGGAUCUGAAAGCGUCCAGCAACCUGGUGGCUCCUGGGUUUAUCGUCCAGACCCUGGGGAAGGGAGGCACGAAGUCAGUGCAGACCAUUCCACCGGAGGACUUCUGCUUUUAUCAAGGCUCCUUGAGAUCCCACAAGAACUCCUCCGUGGCUCUCUCCACCUGCAGAGGUUUGUCAGGCAUGAUAAGAACCCAAGAUGCAGAUUACUUCUUAAAGCCGCUCCCCUCCUACCUCACAGGGCAGAUCAACAUCUCUGCCCGGAGCGGCCCGCACUCCCAUGUUCUGUGUAAGAGAUCCACAGACCCGCACUUGCACACGCACAAUGAGGUCAUAGUGAUGGAGAGGAGGAGGGACCUGGAGCACCCCCAUCACAGUCACCAGGACAGUGGGCAUCCUCACAGUGGCCCGAACCUCAGGAACCGACCAAAGCAGCAUUUCUGCGGAAGACGCAAGAAAUACAUGCCCAAGCCACCCAGUGAAGACCUGUUCCUCUUUCCCGAUGAGUAUAAGUCUUCCACACGGCACACGCGCUCUCUCCUGAAAUCCCAUAGAAAUGAGGAACUGAAUGUGGAGACGCUCGUGGUAGUGGACAAAAAGAUGAUGGAUAGCCAUGGCCAUGAGAACAUCACCACCUACGUCUUAACAAUCCUCAACAUGGUAUCUGCGUUAUUCAAAGAUGGAACCAUAGGAGGAAAUAUCAACAUUGCAAUUGUUGGGCUGAUUCUUCUGGAAGAAGAACAGCCAGGGCUCCUGCUAAGUCACCAUGCCGAUCACACCUUGAGUAGCUUCUGCCAGUGGCAGUCUGGACUGAUGGGGAAAGAUGGGACUCGCCAUGACCAUGCCAUCUUGCUCACUGGUCUGGAUAUAUGCUCCUGGAAGAAUGAGCCCUGCGAUACUCUAGGAUUUGCACCCAUAAGUGGGAUGUGCAGCAAAUAUCGCAGCUGUACCAUUAACGAAGACACAGGGCUUGGAUUGGCCUUCACCAUCGCCCACGAGUCUGGACACAACUUCGGCAUGGUCCACGAUGGGGAAGGGAACGUGUGCAAGAAGUCUGAGGGCAACAUCAUGUCGCCUACGCUGGCCGGGCGCAAUGGCGUCUUCUCCUGGUCGCCAUGCAGUCGCCAGUAUCUGCGCAAAUUUCUCAGCACCGCGCAGGCUGUCUGCCUGGCCGACCAGCCCAGGGCCGGGAAGGAGUACAAGUAUCCAGAGAAGCUGCCCGGAGAGCUCUACGACGCGAACACGCAGUGCAAGUGGCAGUUUGGGGAGAAAGCCAAACUCUGCCUGCUGGAUUUUAAGAAGGACAUCUGCAAAGCUCUGUGGUGUCAUCGUGUUGGAAGGAAAUGUGAGACUAAAUUUAUGCCGGCAGCAGAAGGCACUAUUUGUGGUCAUGACAUGUGGUGCAGAGGAGGGCAGUGUGUGAAAUAUGGUGACAAAGGUCCCCAGCCCACCCAUGGCCAUUGGUCGGACUGGUCCCCUUGGUCUUCUUGCUCCAGGACCUGUGGAGGAGGGGUCUCCCGAAGAGACCGCAGUUGCACAGCCCCCCAACCAUCUCAUGGAGGGAAAUUUUGUGAGGGCUCUACUCACUCUUUGAAGCUUUGCAACAGGCAGAUAUGUCCGCAGAACAGUGUGGACUUCCGCGCCACCCAAUGUGCCGAGUACAACAGUAAAGCGUUCAGAGGGUGGCACUACAAGUGGAAGCCCUACACGCAAGUGGAAGAUCAGAACUUAUGCAAACUCUACUGUAUCGCUGAAGGAUUUGAUUUCUUCUUUUCUUUGUCAAAUAAAGUCAAAGAUGGGACUCCAUGCUCGGAGGAUAGCCGUAAUGUUUGUGUAGAUGGGAUAUGUGAGAGAGUUGGCUGUGACAAUAUUCUUGGGUCAGAUGCCAUUGAAGACUCCUGCGGUGUGUGCAAAGGAAAUAACUCAGACUGCAUGAUCCACAAGGGUCUCUAUGCUAAGCAUCACCACACAAACCAGUAUUAUCAGAUGGUCACCAUUCCUGCUGGAGCCCAGACGAUCCACAUCUAUGAAGUGAAUGCUUCUACCUCCUACAUUUCUGUACGCAAUGCCCACCAAAGAUACUACCUGAAUGGACACUGGACUGUGGACUGGCCAGGCCGAUACAAGUUUGCUGGCACUGUUUUCCACUACAGAAGGCCCCAUAACCAGCCGGAGAGUCUGACCUCAGUUGGGCGGCAUAUGGUCACCAGGACAAGCUGCUAUCAAGACAAGAGGGUUCAAGUGAAUGCCUCCUUCUGCAACCCCAAGACUCGGCCUGUCACAGGGAUGGUGUCUUGUAAACUCUCUGCCUGCCCACCCAGCUGGUCCAUCGGGAACUGGAGUGCCUGCAGCCGGACUUGUGGCAGUGGAACGCAGAGUCGGACUGUCCAGUGUACACAGCGGGCCCGAUUCAGAGCACAGCCAGUCUUGGCCAGCCUGUGCCCUCAGCCCAUGCCCCCCAGUAGACAGGCCUGCAACUCCCAGAGCUGCCCUCCUGCCUGGAGCACCGGGCCCUGGGCAGAGUGCUCCCGGACCUGUGGGAAAGGGUGGAGGAAACGAGCCGUGACCUGUAAGAGCACCAACCCGCUGGCCAGAGCACAGCUGCUGCCAGACACCGUCUGCUCCGUGGAGCCCAAGCCCAGGACUCACGAGGCAUGUCUGCUGAAACGCUGCCACAAGCACAAGACACUGCAGUGGGUGGUGUCUGCCUGGUCCCAGUGCUCAGUCACCUGUGACAGGGGGACCCAGACCAGGUUCCUGAGAUGUGCUGAGAAGUUCAUUUCAGGGAAGUACCGAGAGCUGACCUCCAAGAAGUGUCUGCACCUGCCCAGGCCGGCUCUGGAGCUGGAACGUGCCUGUGCCCUGUCUCCGUGCCCCAAGCACCCGCUAUACCCCUCUGCAGGGCCCCCACGGGCUGCCUGGGUCACCUCACCCUGGUCUCAGUGCACAGCCAGCUGUGGAGGUGGUGUGCAGACCCGGGCAGUGCAGUGCCAGAAGGGGGCACACAUGGCCAGUGGCUGUAGCGCCCACCAGAAGCCUCCGGCCUCGCAAGCCUGCAACACCCAUUUCUGCCCCAUCACAGAGAAGAAAGAUGCCUUCUGCAAAGACUACUUCAGCUGGUGCUACCUGGUGCCGCAGCACGGAGUGUGUGGGCACCGCUUCUACGGGCCGCAGUGCUGCCGGGCCUGCUCCCAGUCCAACCUGUGAGUGGCCGGCGCCCCUCCAAGAGGCCC